AUGGAUCUCGGUGAUCAACCUACCAAUGUGUUGUUUUGUAACAAUUUUGCAUCAAUAGCAUAUGAAUAUUUUGAAACCCAAUGGCAAACACCUUCUCUUGCAACAACAAAAAAGCAUUUACAAGAUGUAGAACUCGCAUGGAGGAAACAUGGCGCACUGGUUUAUUACGACGCAAAACGAGAGGGAAUCUGGGUUUUCCAACCAAGUCCAACUUCCCCAAAUAAACCUCUCGAUGAAGGGGAUGAUUUGUUGAGCCAAGCCAAUCUUCCUACUGUGCAAGGUGUCGAGCUAUCGAAGAAGGAUAAAGGGACCUAUGAGCCUUCCAAUCUGACCAAAAGCAAAUACAUGAUGGCAAAUAGCUUGAGCACUCCGAGUAGCACGUCUUCGCCUUCGCCUCUCGAAAAUGCAAUGCGAAACGCACAAAAUGCCAACGCAAGGGCCAUGCAAGCAAACUCGACCCAAAAUGUGUAUGAUCCGGCAGCAUCAUCUCCUGGUGUCAAGUCGGCAACCAGUCUGGGGGACACCCUUGCGUUUCUGAAAGAGAUCCAUGAGCAUUUCAUAUCAUCUGUUCAGGGCUCCAUUGUCUAUAGGCUAUGCAGUGGCCAUGGCUUUAUUCCUCUCAAUUCCCGAACCUUGCUUUUCCCUACAGAAUCACCAUCGAAGUCAAUGGCAUAUUACCAAUCACCGAAGAUUUCCGACAACACAGUCACUCUUGUCAACCUAGACAUCAGUCUUACUUCCUUGGGAACGCUGAUGAUAAAAGCUUGUUCUUACGUUACUCCUGGUCUUCAAAGUAUAAGCCUGGCAAACCCAGAGAAUCUUCUGAGGAAAUUAUCCCAGGGCGCUGACUUAUGGUUGGCUCCAGGAGGGAAUCCCGCGAAAUUCUAUUCGUUUUAUGAUGACGAGCAACUGCCCGGAGUUCAGCCUAUUUCAGAUUUACGAAAAUAUCCUGAAGAUAACAAUUGGCGAUUUCAUGGUACUACUAUCAAGUCCUGGCAGUCCCGGUGUAUAGAUUGGUUAUCGACCAAAGGUUUUGAUCCGGCAUCAAUCGAGGAAGGGGGUUGGAUGUUUGUGCAGGUGCUGAAGACCAACUAUAUGUCUUCAAAUCUUGAUUAUGCAGAUAUGCCCUUCCCUGACGAUGGCGCUAUUGUACCUUGGCCAACUCUACUAUGCUUCAGAACCAUUAGAGCCUCCUCCGUGGGUAUUCAACCCUCAAGCGCGAAUUCUUUCGGCCUUGUGGAUCCCCUAAGCUUUGCAGAACAAUGGUCUAUGAAUGCGGACAAACAGGCGAGCAUCAUGUUGAAUAGGCAACAGGAGCGGAACGUAUUAGCAGCUGCUAAAGAACAGGCCGACAGGGAAGCACAGAACCUUCGAGCAAGUGGCCAUUCCGCUGCAUUGCUGGAAAAAGGCAACAAUGCUGGCGCGAUGUAUCCUACACCCCCUGAUGCAGUACAUAAUCCUGGAGGGCCGACACCAUCAUUUGACGGUGCAGUCACGACGCCAGGAAACCCGACCCACUUGUUCCCGCAUGAUCCUGAAGCAACGAAUCCAGGAACCUCUAUCAUGAACACCGUUGACACCGACCAUUGGGUAACCUCGGAACAAAAACACCGCUCAAUUUCCAACAUGAAUUUUGACGAAAACGAUAAUGAUAAUGACAAUCUUUUUGGAGAUAUGGGAGGAGAUUUGUUUGGUGACACAGACAUCACCGACGCGGACUUUAAUUUUUUUGACCAACCUGAUGAUAUACAAAUGGACCCGCAGCCGGGCUCUCCAGUUGUGACUAGUACGCCCGCUGCUCAACAUAAUAUUAUUGAAAACCUAUCCAUUUCGAGUAAGCCGUUGGCCCCGCAGCCAACGUCACAAGACACGAUCAUUGAAGAUGCUCAGUGGAUUGAAGACAAUAUACAGCCACCGGCCCUACAACAGCGCAUUAGAUUGCCAGCCAAUGAUAAGGAUGUCGAAAUGCGUAAUAUCAACGACAGCUUGGGAGUUCCUGCUCCACCACGGUCGCCCCCACGCAUCAGCGCACCUUUCGACAAAGAAACAGUAUUCAAUCAGUUACUAAAACGAACCUCAAAAUUAUCCGGCGGAUCCAGUGCAUUUGAUCAAGUCAAAUUCGAACAUUCUUUGAUGGAGAUUGAUGAAAAAUAUGGUUCCAACGGCCGAUAUCGUUAUUCCGAGGAAGAGAUAAAACCACAGCUCUUAGAAACACACAACCCUACCAACCCAGAAUCUCUUGACAGACGGAAAAGCGAGAACAAAUCUUUAGCAUCCGACGUGUUGGCUCAAAUCUUAAACAAUGACAGUGGACAAUAUGAGUUUGAGCCAGAUAACGAAGCAGAGCAGGAAUUGGCCAACGAGUCCAAUAGUGUAAGCGACGCAUCUGAUUUUGAUGAAGCGCUACCGGUAGGACUUUCGGCGAUGGUUAGACUCGGAAUGAAGAGGAAACGCUAUUUCGAUGAAGGUAGUAUCAGUUCAUACAACGCUUUCACCGGAGAGUAUGAGCCAUCCGCAGGGACACCUCAAACUAUACUUGAACCACAGAUUCCCAUAUUUGAAUCUGAUCCUGCGGAUUGGUCUCUGGCGCCUUAUUUUACCUCUCCGGACCCGGAUAUUCAGCCCAGCGGGUUAUCGGAUUUAGAUUUGGUUGAAACGGCUCAAAUUAUUGCAGACCAAGCUGCAUCGGGGAAUCUUCGGGUGCAUGACCGGACCAGGCAAAAUCCGGAUGCUCAUGCUCAAGCUAUCUUUUCUACCAGAAAGAUGAUGGCUGGGAUUUCGAAAGCCACGAAAGCAUGCUUGAAAGAGAUCAAAAGAUGUAACUUACGUUCGUAUCUUGCUAUCCAAGGAAUUCCAGUUGUUAAUCCGGCGUUGCGUUUACCUCCCCGACCAAUGCCGAAUCCCAGGGCAGCACAGAAUCCAGAGUCUUUGAAACCAAGCAAUCCGUUUCUCAUUCAGCCCCCAAAGCUCGAAGUACGCAGAGGCGAUUCUAAGUUGGCGGUUCUACCUCCCGCGAUACACUUCUGGGAUAAUUUAGGGUUAGCACCUUUCACGGGGAACAAAGAUGUUAACGCUAUUUGCAUCCAUCCGGAUAUCGUAGGCAUCACCGAGAAUGCGGAUAUUUUCCUCGAUCAAAUGCGAGGGGCGUAUGAAUCAUUUAGAUUUGGUGGUCACGAUCGGAUUGUGUUUCCAGGUUCACCCAGCAGUCUUAUACAUUACCCGUUUGAGGGAAACGAUCGAGAAAGUAUCAAUGUGAACAAUCCAGUUUAUCUAAGCUCUCUCAAGGAAAUAAUGGCACGAUUGAGCAAAAAGCUUUCAAGCAUGACUACAGAAGAGAAGAAUAUUGUUGUGUACUUCAUUUAUCCUGUCGACAAUUCGUCUCUACUUGUCCACAUUUGUGCUGCUUUCAAGCAGCUUUUUAGAUUUUACCGAAGGUCAUUGUCCGAAAAGAAGCUGAAAGCAGUCAAUGAAUUGGUUUUGCAACUUAUACCGCUGGAUUUUGUGGCUGCUCCCAAUUCAUUAGUAGUUCCAUCCCCAGCCGAAUAUUCACGCCUUGCAAUGGAAGUCUAUGAUCGCUGUGUAGAUUUUGCAUCAUCUUCUACGACGGCAGCGAUUCUUCUGGAGAAGCCUCUUCCUCGAACUAUUGACUUCAAGUUGAGUGUCAAUCCAUCACCAGCAUUGCUACAAGAAAACUCCUGUCUUCAUGUUGCUUAUGCUCAGAGUAUUGAUGAACGAUGGAUUACUGCCGCAUGGUCAGAUAAUAGAGGCACCAAGCAAAUGACAGCCUCAUAUUGUCUCGGGCGGAAGAACGAGCCAUUCACUCUGUUCUUUACGGAUAUUGCGAAUGAAAUCUGGGAGACAACGCUUGACCUGAUCUCGAGCAAAAAGGUUCAUUGGCGCAUAAUUAUUGCGAAAACAGCUGUCAUGGAACAAUCUGAGAUUGAGUUCUGGACAGGUCUUGCCUCCACAGAAUCCAACGCUCAGAUCAGUCUCACACUAGUUACUGUACAAACAGAUCCUUCAUUACGGAUCUUACCUCUACAAAUAAGGAAAUCACCACCAACAAUGACCUCAACAUCACAACCCGCCACAACCGCCGCCUCCACACCCCAAGCAUCUCAAUCCUCCAUCUUCUCCCCGGACAAUCCAUCUACCUCCUCCCGCGACUCAACAACCAAUGCACCGACCCCUCUUGAAGCACCAUCUACAUCUACACCGGCAGUUCCCCCCGAACCAGAUCAGAACUCCCGCCUCAUCGAUCUCACGGACCAAACCUGGGGCGCCAUCCUCUCCCACCGCCUCAAUAACUCAAAUUCCCUCCUCGAAUUCAAUCCCGCCCUAAUUUCUGGAUACCUCAUUAAGAGCAGCGGCACCAGCUCCGACGACCCACCGAUAGUUCUUGAAGUCAACAUCAUACAUGCAGAAGUUGUGGGGAACCCGCGCACAUUUCACGACACUUUGCUAAAGGAGAUUUUGGGGUAUUAUAGGGGUCUGGCUACGUUGGCGAGAAUGAGGGGUGUGGUGCAUCCGGUGAAGGAUGGGAGGCCUUGGCAUGUGGCCGCGGCAGAGAAGGCGGUCAAGGCGUUGUAUAUGUUGGUUUGA